GUUUCGCCUUGGCCGCAGCUUUCCCUUCCGCGUUGGCGCCAUGUCGUUGGAGAUGCUGCCCGAGCUCAUCGCGGCCUUCCGCCAGCAUUCCUCGGACACGACGGUGUCGCGGGAGAAGCUGAAGAAGGUCUUGUCCAAAAUCGGUGCCUCUGAGGAGGACAUGACGGCCGCCUUAUCUGGUGCCUUCGGAGGCAGCUGCGUGUCCUACACCGAGUUCCUAUGCUGGGUCUGGGGUUUCACCCCACGCGUGGUGCUGCUGAUGUUUGGGCCUCCGGCCUCUGGCAAGGGCACCAUCGGCGGCAAGGUGUCUAAGGCCUUGGACAUCCCGCAGCUCUCCACCGGCGACAUGCUGCGGGAGGCGGCGGAGGACCCUUUCUCGGAGGCGGGGCAAGAAGCGAAGGCGGUGAUGGCGGCGGGGCAGUUGGUGAGCGACGAACUGGUGAUUUCGCUCAUCGCGCAGCGGACCAAAGCCCCGGACUGCGCCAAGGGCUUCAUCCUGGACGGCUUCCCACGGACGGUGAACCAGGCGAAGGCCUUGGAUCAGAUGUUGGCCUCGAAGGGCGAGCACGUGCAGACGGUCCUGGAGCUCGCCGUGCCCGACGCGGCCCUCAUCGAGCGCAUCGGCGGCCGCUGGAUCCACCAGAAAUCCGGCAGGUCUUACCACACCAAGUUCAGCCCCCCCAAGUCCUACACCGGGAAGGAGCCCUGCGAGGCGAACAUGCGGGACGACGUCACCGGAGAGCCCUUGACCCAGCGGGCGGAUGACACCAAGGCCGCGCUCCCGAAGCGGCUGGCGGCAUACCACGCAGAGACGGUGCCGGUGUUGGAUCACUACAAGAUGAAGACCAAAGUGUUCCAGGUGGACUCGAACCUCGGCGACUUCAGGACCUCCGAAGACAUCUGGGCGGAUACCGCCAAAGCGCUGGGCCUAUCCUAAGCCGAGAGCCACCCCAAGUGUUCGGUGC